AUGGAUAACAGCUCAGGGCUUCAUGAUGAGCUCUCUCUGCUGCAGGACAAUGCCCCGAUCAUUAUUCUGCAGAUUCUAGUGGCAGUUUUCUUUUCCGUCAAUGUGUUGCUUAUUGUGACCUUUUUUAAAAAGGAAUGCUUCCACACAUCAAUGCGUUACAUACUGUUUGCUGUGAUGCUGUUUUGUGACAGUUUGCUGCUCUUACUCAGCUAUCUUCUGCUCAUCUUGAUCCAUUUUAACGUCCGAAUGCAAGUUGGGAUUUGUGUUGUAUUAUGUUUAACGUUGACUCUGUAUUUUACAGUCACACCAGUCACGCUGACAGCCAUGGCGCUGGAGCGUUACGUGGCUAUUUGCAUUCCCCUGCAUCAUGCACAGCUGUGCUCCACACACAGCACCAUACACGUCAUCCUCAUCAUUCAUGCCAUCGGCUUCACACGCUGCAUUGUUAUUUUCUCUCCUUUCUUUGCAUCAGCCUCCCUUCACGUCUACACACAGGUCAAAUUCUGCUCUGUUGAGAUGUUCAUCAUUUAUAAAUGGCAGGAUCAUGUUCGGUCGGCUGUAAGUCAACUGUACUUCUUGAUCAUGUGUGUCGUCAUUGUUUUCUGCUAUGUGAAAAUAAUGAAAGUGGCCAAAGCUGCAUCAGGAGAGAACAAAAAGUCGACACAAAAAGGCCUCAGGACUGUGAUUCUUCAUGCUUUCCAGCUGUUCCUCUGUCUCAUCCAUCUGUGGUGCCCGCUCAUAGAAGCUGCUGUCCUUCGAUUUAAUUUCAUGUUAUUUAGGAAAGUCAGGUUGUUUAACUACACGAUGUUUAGUAUUGCUCCGAGGUGUCUGAGUCCUCUCAUUUAUGGCCUCAGGGAUGAAGCAUUUUUCCUCACACUCAAAAGCUACGCCGUCUUUGGUUUGUUUCGAAGAAUUGGGAUUAAUAACAGAAAUGCACACUAA